AUGAGUGCCUCAGAUUCUGACGACCAACCCAUCGAGAUCCCCGAUCGCCCGAUCCCAAACAUCCUUGUGACCGGUACCCCGGGUACAGGAAAAACUACAACAAGUGAAUUGAUUGCCCAAGUCACUGGCCUUCAACAUGUUAAUGUUGGUGCAAUUGUCAAAGCAAAACAACUUCACGAAGGUUAUCUCGAGGAGUUCGAUACCCAUGUUCUCGAUGAAGACAAGUUGAUUGAUGAACUUGAAGACACAAUGACUGAGGGAGGAAAGAUUGUGGAUUUCCAUACCUGUGAAAUUUUCCCUGAGCGUUGGUUUGAUCUUGUAAUUGUUCUCAGAGCUGAUACUGCUACUCUCUAUGACCGUAUGGAGAAGAGAGGAUAUAAUAAGCGUAAGAUCGAGGAAAACAUGGAGUGCGAGAUUAUGCAAAUCGUAUUGGAGAAUGCACAUGAAUCCUAUGAGCCUGAAAUUGUUGUUGAAUUACAAAGCAAUACUGUUGAUGAUAUGGAGUCUAAUGUUGAGAGGGUUAAACAGUGGCUUGAUGCUUAUAGAGCCCGUCAUGCUUAA